GUUGUGAUACCUCUCAUUAUUGCUCUGGCUCUACCUGACGCAGCUGAAGCGGUUGUGAGGAAACCCGCCACCAGCAUCCUGCACCAUGGAGGCGGCCACAGCACCAAAGCCAUGGACAUUAUAUGCAUUAGGAGGACACGGUUCACUGGUUCCUAUUUUAAUGUUCAUUUUAAACCAAUGUUGUCAGAUACGAGCAGAUGACGGCGGCAUGGAGGAACUUGCCACGGAGAAAGAGGCAGAGGAAAGUCACAGGCAGGACAGCGUGAAUUUACUUACAUUCAUUUUGCUUUUGACACUCACUAUCCUCACAAUAUGGCUCUUCAAACACCGAAGAGUGCGCUUCCUGCACGAAACAGGACUGGCUAUGAUAUACGGUCUGUUGGUGGGUGUUAUUUUGCGGUAUGGCAUCCCCUCCACCAGUUACCAUAAUAAAACUCCUCCGAGUUGCACUCUGCAGGAGAGGCCUGUCAGCACGGUGCUCCUCAACGUUAGCGGAAAGUUCUUUGAGUACACACUCAAGGGGGAGAUCAACCUUAAAGAAAUCCACAGUGUGGAGCAGAAUGACAUGUUGCGCAAGGUGACCUUUGACCCAGAGGUGUUCUUCAACAUUCUGCUACCUCCAAUCAUAUUCCAUGCUGGAUACAGCCUCAAAAAGAGACACUUCUUCAGAAACCUUGGAUCCAUCAUAACUUACGCGUUCCUGGGCACGGCCAUUUCCUGUUUUGUCAUUGGAAACCUCAUGUAUGGCGUGGUGAAACUGAUGCAGGUUUUGGGUCAACUCACUGAGAAGUUCUACUACACAGACUGCCUCUUCUUUGGUGCCCUAAUAUCUGCCACAGAUCCAGUCACAGUGCUUGCGAUCUUUAAUGAGCUUCAUGCUGAUGGUGAUCUCUAUGCACUGCUGUUUGGAGAGAGUGUCAUGAACGAUGCAGUCGCCAUAGUCCUUUCAUCGUCAAUUGUGGCGUAUCAGCCUUCAGGAGCCAACACACACACAUUUGAUGCCUCUGCCUUCUUCAAAUCGGUGGGCAUCUUCUUGGGCAUCUUCAGUGGCUCUUUCGCUAUGGGUGCAGUCACUGGAGUAGUCACUGCCCUCGUGACAAAAUUCACCAAGCUGCACUGUUUCCCUCUGCUGGAGACAGCGCUGUUCUUCCUCAUGUCUUGGAGUACUUUUCUACUGGCUGAAGCUUGUGGAUUCACAGGUGUUGUCGCUGUGCUGUUUUGUGGAAUCACACAGGCCCAUUAUACCUACAACAAUCUCUCCGAGGAAUCCACCAAACGCACUAAACAGUUGUUUGAGGUGCUGCACUUCCUAGCAGAGAACUUCAUCUUCUCAUACAUGGGCCUGGCGCUCUUCACCUUUCAGAAUCACGUCUUCAGUCCCAUUUUCAUACUUGGAGCCUUUAUAGCCAUCUUUAUCGGCCGGGCCUUGAACAUCUAUCCUUUGUCUUUCCUGAUUAACCUGGGCCGAAGACACAAAAUCAGGGGAAACUUUCAGCACAUGAUGAUGUUUGCAGGGCUGCGAGGGGCAAUGGCAUUCGCUCUGGCUAUCCGUGACACGGCUACAUACGCACGACAGAUGAUGUUCACAACAACCCUGCUCAUUGUGUUCUUCACAGUUUGGGUGUUUGGAGGAGGCACUACACCAAUGCUGUCCUGGCUACAUAUCAGAGUUGGAGUGGACCCUGAUCAGGAUCUUCAGCAAUGUGGGGACAGCUUCCAGGUCCUUCAGGGAGAUGGAACCCAGUCAGAAGAACAGAGCAAGACCAAGCAAGAGAGUGCCUGGCUUUUUAGACUUUGGUAUACUUUUGACCACAAUUACCUGAAGCCUAUCCUGACCCAUAGCGGCCCCCCUUUGACCUCAACUCUGCCGGCCUGCUGCGGUCAUCUGGCUCGAUGUCUGACCAGCCCCCAGGCCUAUGAGAACCACGAGCCGCUGCGAGACAAUGACUCAGACCUCAUCCUGAACGAAGGAGACCUGACACUGACCUAUGGCGACACAGCCAUCACAGCCAACGGGGCCUCGUCCUCCUCUGGCCCCGAAGGAUCGGGCGGCAGCUGGGGUGUGAACGGCAAACGCAGCGACAGCACGUCAGAGGACGCUCUAGAGCGAGAACUGGACACGCGUGAACAUGAGCUCUUGAGCCGUGGCACACGUCUCGUUUUUCCCAUGGAGGACCACGCUUGACCCCGCCUCCCAAACCUUAAACCACGCCUCCCUUCACUCCAUACCUCCACUUUCCUUGCACAUUGAUCUAUCGGACCACCAACG